GUAGUAAUAAUUUCUCAUCAGUUACAAAACAGCGUGACCAACGGUGGUCCUUUCGAUCGCCGGGCCAACGAAAAUGGUAGCAAGCGACGUGUCGUCAGUCGCUGCCGCCAGGUUGAAGAGGGAGGACUGGAAUCGGACUAAGCACGACCCCGUCUUCUCCGAAUGGCAGAUUCUUGUAGGUCCUUCCGAUUGGGAAGACUAUUCACUGGGAAAGGAAGGAGCUGAAAGGUACAGGGUUCACAACCUUCCUAAAAGUUCUGGCCCUGGAGUAUAUGAGCUUGGGAUUGCUGUGUCUCGGACCGGGUUAGGGCGUGAGGUUGGCAGACUUAAUCCAGACCGCAUAGUCGUGGUUUACCUUGGUCAGGCUGACAAUGUUAGAACACGACUCCAGCGGUAUGGCAGGACAGGUGCUCAUUUGAGCAAUAGCUACCCUAAUGGUCAACCAAAUUACUCUAAGAGUGUAUCUCUCCAGAAAGGGCCCGGAUUGUUUGAGGAGAUAUUUUCACGACGCUGCCCCAUUGUUUUUAGAUGGGCUCCGAUGGAAAACAAGAGAGAGGCUGAGAAGACAGAAGCUCAGCUUCUCAAUAGAUUUGAUUAUGGAUGGAACACAAGCGAUAAUGGUGUACGACGACCAAAUGAUAUCCUUCGGAGACUUGACAGAACUGCUGCAAACACUACUCAAUUUCCCAAUGUUGUCAGAAAACUUCUUCCAUUUGGUCAGAAGCAAGUAGGCAUUAGCAUCAAAGCAUGCAAGCUGCCAUCACCAGAGAACAAAUUGAGUGCCCGUGCUGAUGAAGAGAGCGACAAUUUCCUAUCUUCAGUAUUCAAAUUUAGCAGAUCGCUGCCUAGGUUUUUAUCGGAUAGAAGUAUUGUCAUAGAAGAGAAUACUAGUUUUUGUGGGGUGGUCUUGGGUGAUGGCUUGGUUUGUAGGAGGCCACCGGUUGAUAGAAGAAAGAGGUGUGCUGAACACAAAGGGAUGCGAAUUAAUGGGUCCAUCCCAAUGUUGGUCCCAACUUUGGUUACAGUAGGUAAAUCAGAGAGCACACUAGGUUCUGAGUCAGUUACAGUAGGAAAAUGGCAAAAUGUGCACAAGGCAGGCUUGGAUUCCAGUUGUAGCGAUCAGAAUUCCUCUGCGUUAUGCAAACCUGGAGUGGUGCAAACUCAAGCUGCCUCAAAGAGUUCUGUUGUCAGCAAGGACACCACCACUAUGUGUGGGGUGGAUUUAGGUGAUGGGAUUUACUGUACAAGACAACCAGCUAGAGGAAGAGUAAGGUGUGAUGAGCAUAAAGGUAUGAGAAUACGUGGAUCUAUUUUUGAGUCAGUUACAGUAGGAAAAUGGCAAAAUGUGCACAGGGCAGGCUUGGAUUCCAGUUGUAGCGAUCAAAAUUCCUCUGCAUUAUGCAAACCUGGAGUGGUGCAAACUCAAGCUUCCUCAAAGAGUUCUGUUGUCAGCAAGGACACCACAACUAUUUGUGGGGUGGAUUUAGGUUAUGGGAUUUACUGUACAAGACAACCAGCUACAGGAAGAGUAAGGUGUGAUGAGCACAAAGGGCUCAGAGUGAACGGGUUGGGCUCCAAAUUAGCAGCAGAAGACAAAUCCCAUUUAUCUGACACGGGUUCGAAAUUCAAUUCUUGUGAAUAUGAAUAUGGCAACACUAGUGCCCCUACAUGUGGAGCAACGUUACACAAUGGUUCUCAGUGUAGAAGGCAACCAGUCCAAGGGAAUAAAAGGUGUUGGCAACAUAAAGGCAUGAGGGCCGAUAGUUCUUCAGCUGGGUUUGGCUCAGAAAUAACUUCUCUCACAUGUGGUGUCAGCUUACAGAAUGGGUCUGUCUGUAUGAGGAGUCCUGCUCAUGGAAGGAAGAGGUGUGAGCAGCACAGGGGGAGGAGAAUCACUAAUUCCUCCUAUUUCUGAAAUUCAUCAUAUCCCGAAGAUUGCCUAGUAAGAAAUACCCAUUUAACUAUAUGUUGUGCAGAUCUUUAUUGUAUUUCAAAUGAUGUUGUGGCUUGUAUCCUAAUAGAAGUUGAGGCA